AUGACACUAUCUGAAACCCCAAAAUGGGAAAAAAUUGAAAAUACUAUUUUAUACCUCAAUAAUAAUGGUGUGGAAACUUUAAGCGAUAAUAUCUUUGAGCAAUAUAUGUAUCUUAAAAACUUUUUAGAAGUUAAACUUGCUUCGGAAGAAUGGAAGUCGAUCAAUUCGGUGGAAGAAAAAUGGAUUAUUUUUUUUAAAGAAACUGAAAAUCAUGAAAGAAAAUGUCAACUGUUGAAAUUAUGCGAGUAUUUGUUUGCAAUCCCUGCACACAAUGCCACAAUGGAAAGAGUUUUUUCGUUAAUGUCGGCCCAGUGGACUGAUGAACGAAAUCGCCUGCUCCCAGAGACUAUGGAGUCGAUUUUACAGUGUCAAGUUAAUUAUUAA